AUCACACCAAUCUUGAUCCAAAUGUUAAUAGAAGAAAAACAAUUCAUUCUCGAGACACACCAACGACUCUUUCUCUACAUUUCUCCCAACCCUUGAUCUCUACUUCUCCUCUCAAUCAUUAUCAUCACCAGAAAAAGCACAAAGGAUUAAUCUUUGCUCCUCUUAAAAAUUCAAGCAAUGUCGCUUGACAUUAAGAGACCUAUCAUCAACAAGACCAAGAAGAAGACUGGUUUCAUCGUCAAAAUGCAACUAAAUAACAACAACAACAACAACAGAGGUGGACACAACAAAAGAAACCUCUUCUUCAUCUUCUUCAGACAUUAUUACAGAUGGGUCAUUUGGUUCUUCCUCUCUCUCUAUUUCUUCACAUCUUACUUCGCCGGAGACCAAUCCUCCACCACAACAACAAGUCUCUUAUCUAACCACCAAACAUCCUCCUCGCUCCCAUCUCGCGCCCUCAUCGAAUCUUCCGCCAUCCUCAAACCAUCUCUAUCCAACGGAAUGAAGAUAUACGUUUACGAUCUACCGGCCAAAUUCAACGUCGACUGGGUAACGGCGUCAGACCGGUGCUCCAGUCACCUAUUCGCGGCGGAGGUAGCCAUCCACCGUGCCCUUCUCUCCGACUCCUCCGUCCGUACGUUACUCCCGGAAGAAGCAGAUUUCUUCUUCGUCCCUGUCUACGUCUCCUGCAACUUCUCCACAGCCAACGGCUUCCCUUCUCUAAGCCACGCUAAGUCCCUCAUCAGCUCCGCCGUCGAUUUCAUCUCCGAACAUUACCCGUUUUGGAACCGGACUCGAGGCUCCGACCACGUCUUCGUCGCUUCACAUGACUUCGGCGCAUGUUUCCACGCCAUGGAGGAUAUGGCGAUACAAGAAGGGAUUCCAGAAUUUAUGAAAAAUUCGAUAAUUUUACAAACGUUUGGAGUUACGUACAAGCAUCCAUGUCAAGAAGCUGAGCAUGUGGUGAUCCCGCCGUAUAUUCCGCCGGAGAGUGUACAGAGAGCAUUAGAAAAAGCUCCGGCGAACGGGCGGCGAAACAUUUGGGCGUUUUUCCGAGGGAAGAUGGAAGUCAACCCUAAGAAUAUAAGCGGACGCUUUUACAGCAAGGGAGUGAGAACGGCGAUUUUAAAGAAAUACGGCGGAAGAAGACGGUUUUAUCUUAACCGGCACCGGUUUGCUGGAUACCGAUCAGAGAUCGUGAGAUCGGUGUUUUGUCUCUGUCCUCUCGGGUGGGCCCCAUGGAGUCCUAGGCUAGUGGAAUCCGCCGUGUUGGGAUGCGUACCCGUGGUGAUCGCUGAUGGGAUUCAGUUACCGUUCUCGGAGACGGUGCGGUGGUCGGAGAUCUCUCUCACGGUGGCUGAGAAAGACGUGAGGAAUCUGCGUAAGAUUUUAGAGCACGUGGCGGCGACUAAUUUGUCUGUGAUACAGCGGAACUUACGUGAGCCGGCGUUCAAGCGGGCCCUCUUGUACAAUGUACCGAUGACGGAAGGAGAUGCCACGUGGCAUAUUCUCGAGGCGUUGCGGAGGAAGCUCGAUCGAUCUUACCGGAGGAGGUCGAGUGUUUUGAGCGAAUGAAUAGGUGACACGUAGGAUAAUGUGUCUGAAUGGAUGCCAGGCUGGAAAAUAUUGGGAACUUUGUCGAUGUUGGAUAACCGGGAAUGUCUCGUGUGGGGUCCAUAACGUGAGGAGCUUAACUUGGGCACGUGAGAUGUCUGCUGAGCUGGCUAUCAAUGAGUGGAGUAAUAUGUGACUCAGGGAAGUGAAAGUGUAAAGUAUGCUGACGUGUAAUUCUUUGGAUGAGUAAAGUCAUAUAAUAUUUUGAAUAUAAUAAAAGGAGUUGGAGAUCGAAAUGCAUGCAGGGGUUAAAUCAAUCUUAACUUUCAGUUUAGAAUUCAAUCA